AUGUCUACAUCCACUGUCCUCAGCAUUAAGCGCGUCACCAUUGUCGAUCUCGGAAGACAGACCGGCAUCAGCCCGAUCACGGCAGAGCUCUUCGUGGGACUCCAUGCCCUGCCAGAUGACGAAGAAGAGGAAUCGGAUUGUGACGACGAGGAGCUCAACUACAGUACCAACAAGAACGACAGACCUAUCUCUUACACUCUGAAGAUCAGCGGCUUCGCACUCGACGCCCCUUACAGUCAAGAGUUUAACUCUCGUGUCGAACUGGUCGCCGAGAAGCUCAGACAAGAGAAGGUUGGCAGUGAUCUACCACGCAACAUCGUUGAUGGGAUGGUCGACGAAUUGGGUGUUCUCGAUCCCAAUGCCGAGCUCUUUGGAGUCAACGCUGAAAUCUACGGCUUGCAGGUGGAGAGCGUCUUUGCUGGACUCGAAGCUCCUAAGGCGGCCAUCACUCGUUACGAGAAUGGUUACAUGGAGAUUGAAGCGUCCGAUGUUGAGAUUGCUGGCGACAUCCCUGGGUUCAUCAACAGCGCCAAGGAGUCGUUGGCCGGCAUGCUGGAUACUCUCGAAGAUCCCAGUCACAGCAGCGAUUGGACAGCGGCUUCCGCGGCUUUCAUCAACUUGAAGAAGAGAGAGAAGAACCGUGAGGCCCGAGAGAGGAAAGCGGCCAAGGCGGGCAAGACUCAGAACGCCGUUGAGGGUGGCACCAAGAAGAAAGUGGGCACACAAGCGAAACAGGGGCCUGCUCAGAGCGGUCCAAGGCAGACUGCCAACAAGACUCAAGCUCGUCAACAGGUACACCACCUCCAGCAUGAGAAGCAGGCGACGCCUGAGGCUACCGAUCGUGGCGCUAAGCUUCUUCACGACGAUGCUACUUCCAACAAAGAAGACGAGGAUGAGCUGGAGCGUCUGGUACGGCACGCACUCGAGGAGGCGGAGACUGAUAGCCUGUUUGAGGGUGAUUUUGACCUUGAUGAGGAGCCACUUAAGGAAACCAGAGAUGCUCGAACCACGCCUGAAGAGGUCAUGCCACAAGUCAUGGCGCCGACAAACCCCAGAAAGCGUGGUGCAGACGGAGGAAUUACAGACGCCGAGACUGCACGUCCAGCCAAGAUGGCGAAGACUGCACAGCAAUCGACAGCACUGGUACCUGUCGCAACGAGCGAGCCCCCCUUACAAGCACCAUGGUCACUAGCACUACCUUCAACGGUUCCGGUGAGAAGGGCGACGCCGGCAAUGAAAGCCGACGAGCAGGCUAUUAUCAACGAACCCUCUACGACGCAGCCACCAGCCACGGCGAGCAGUGGGAAUAAUGCCAGCAAGAGGGUUGCCAAGAGAUUCAAUGAAAAGCGUGAUGAAGUCCCUCACAACAAUGAGAUCAAGAAAGCCUGUCGCUCCGGAUUUGAUGAUCUGAAGAAGAAUCAGAUCACAGCCUGGUGCAGAAUCUACGGUAUCCCGAUAAGUGGCACAAAAGACGAUAUCGAGAGGAGGGUUGAGGAGUUCAUCACGGAACAUGGCGAAAAGCUCGAUGGUUUUUAUGGCACGAUACCAGGUGCAGAAGCCUUGCAAAGAAGAGGUCCUAAUGCACCACCGAGACGAGAGGCUCAAGUCAACGAGCCCACCUGUGCUGAUCAGGGUACACCGCAGCCGUCCGCGCAGCCUGCAAAUGUUCCCUCUUCACUCCAAACUUUUGUGAACACGACUCCAACGCAGCAGACGGCGGCAGCUCAAGUGAACUCUGUUCUACCCAAUUCCCAGGCACCUCGCCCGCAUGCUUCUGCUCCGCAGCCCGCUGCGAUGCCUUUCCAGCAAUCCGGGAUGGCGACUGCUGCACAAGCAUCAUCGACAGAGCCACAAAUGCCGGCGGUCAGCACGGGUACGCAAGAUGAACCCACUACCGCAAAGUCUAAGCCGGCUCCAAGCGUUCAGACCAAGGUCGUCCAUCCUGGCUUGCCGUAUCCUGUCUACCAAAAAACUGGGAACAACGUCUGGAGCUUUAGUGGGGACAGAAAGCACAGAACGCCAGCCGCACUGGAGAUAAUUAAACAGUGCAACAGAUACUCUGCUCAGCCACAGCUGGGAGCGGAUCUGAGCAACUACUCUGCCGCUGAGCUGCGAAACUUUCUGAGGUCCAUUGGCUGCCAAGAUGUGCGUUCCGCAUCUUCGAAGAAACGUCUGCAGCAAUUCGCUCGCAACUGGUUCCAAACGUACAUGAAGGGCAAUGCUGGGCCGAUCGCUGGUGUUGAGCUAGUCGUUGACGAGCAGGAGCUGGAAGAUGCAGCUGAACCGGAUGCUGCUGUGGAGGAACAAGGCGGCGAGAUACAGCAACAGAACGCGAUAUCUUUGGGCGCACCACUCGCUGCGACAUCGCCUGAGCCAUCUUUGAGCGGCCAGCGAGCUCGAAAAGCAAAGGUUGGGCAACCUAGCCAAGUGAUGCUGCAAGCUCACGCUGCACACGAACGCGUCAUGCAUGGACAAUGGGCCGAUGGCGAUUUUCGAUCCCUAGCUCUAGGAUCUGCGAGCGGUAUCGCGGGCGGGAUCCCUCUGAACAAGAAUUUCCCUGUUCCUGCAGCACCAAGCCGCGAUCGCACAGCCGGUGGUCGCAUCAACUCUCACCAGAAUCGACCACAGAAGAGCAAGGUCUCCCGAAACGAACAGACACUGGCCAAACUGCAGGAGAUGGCGGGCGACAAGAUCAUCACGAUUUUGGAGGAUGAUGAAGAGUUACAGCAGCCUAUGAUGAAAGAGCAGACUCCUGUGGGUGAGGACAUCAUCAUGAUGGACGAUGUUGAGAACGCACAGCAGCCAGAGACCCAGGCGCAGACUCAAAUGCCAGAUGCUCCACGUCCGGUGUUGAAGCCUCGUCCGUCUGGCGACUUGUCCAUGAACAUGCCAGCUUUGGAUCGUGUCAGCAACUCUGGACGUAUCACGAAGAACGCUCGGCCACAACAGCCCUUGAGUGAGCGUGAGUUGGCAAAGCUACAAACGUACGUCCGAAAUCAUCCGGAAAAUGCUGCUCGCCGACAAAUGCAGCAGUCGUCGCACCCAUCGCAGCCUGGUGUUGUACCUCCAGCUGGCUACCACAACACACAAGCCAGCGCAGUAUCACCACAGGGCUAUUACACCCCGCAAUCUCCUGAUCUACCUGCGGCCAAUCUUGCUUAUCAGCAAGAGACCUGGAACGAGGCUUCGGGCAUGAACGAGGGCAUUUUCAUGCCUCCACAAGGUUAUCGCGCUCUACAACAGCCCGAACAGCAGCAAUGGCAGCAGCAACACGCAGGCCAGCAAUACCAGCAGCCUGGGCAAUUCUACCACCCUCUGCAGCAGCCUGGGCCACAGCAGUGGCAGCAGCAGUACGGGGUUUCCCGAUAUCAGCAGCCGGGCCAGCCCUACCAUCCACCAAAUCAAGGCCCUUACAAUUCGCAGUAUGGUUACGACCCGAACCAGCAAUAUCGACAGUAG